CUCUAGUUCUACAAGGACAAACACCUGUCUUCAGAUAAAAAAUAAUUAGUGUUUUUGUGUUUUUUAAUAAACGACAUCGAGCUUCAAAAUGCCUUGCGGAGGAUGUGACAGCAACUGCCAAUGCCAAUCUGGCUGCUUCUGUGAUGGCUGCAAAUGUGGACCUGGUUGCAAAUGCAUGACCAAGGGACAACAAGGAAAAUCCCAGGCUGGAAAACCAGUAUCCACCGAAUCCAACAAAGCCAAUAAUGAAUGAAAAUUACAAGGAAAAAUGAUAUACAAAAAUAUUCCUCUAAAUAUGAAAUAGUAACGACAAGAGCUUUGCACUUUUGGAAACAAAUCAAUUUAUUC